CGUUGCAGGUGCAAUGGCUCGGAGUUACUGAUAGCCCGGCGUCUUCACAAAUCCAUCCCCUUCUGCUCCUUCCUUCCAUCUCCACACGCUGUUUUUCUGCUUACCUUUUACAUUUUGCUGUGCUGCCGUCGUCUAAACUAGGUGUUGCAUCCUGCAGUCUUGCCUGGUUUUGCGGUGCCUCUUAAAGAAACACCCUACACUUUUUUUCUUUCUUUCUUUUUGAUUUCUCAAUGCUUCUCUGAAUGGAUUACGUUUUUCCUAAUCAAAGAGUUAUUCAUUAACCCUUGGGAUUGGGAAAUGGAUGUUUAACUAGCUGCUGGAGGACAGCGAUAUGCGUUUUAACUCUUUUGUGGCUGAGAAACCCGUUUGAUUGAGUGGAGGAUGUCUUCUCUUCAUGCUCAUGACAAGGAAAGAGGGAGAGAAUGAGAUUAACAAAAAAAUUCACGAUACGAGUUUCUUUAUCACAUCUGGGGGCUGUGUGAGUCAAGCAAGUAUAAUAAAACUGGGGGGAAAGCGUUCAGGAUGGAUUUACGUGAUUCUAAAGGAUUUACCCUUUGAUUGGGGAUUGAAGAAGAAUUGGCAAAUCCCUUUUUAAUUUUAUUUUUUCCUCGGAAGAUUGCAAAGGUGGAGCGAUUAGAAAAGGCUGAUGUUGGACCUAUUAAUCCUGUCUGUGCACCAAAAGCACCAAAACGGCUUGGAAACCUUUGGAUGGAAAUCAAGCGGGUGUUUGGACCUGUUCUUGGUUUUAUAUGAAACUGGUGAUUAAUACUAGUUACCCAUUGGAUUGACAGUAAUACUUGGAAAAAAUACUUUUGGGUGACAUCGCAGUGGCUAACAUUUUUUUUUAAUUUUCCAAUAUAAUCAAUCAUUUCCACUUGAAGAGUUUCUGUAUCUAAAUGGAAUUAGUUGAGAUUGAAGCCCCUUGUGAAAGGAACAGACAUGGUACAUGGGCACAGUUUGUUUUACGUUGCUGCAAGUCUCAUCAUACUCGGGUUGUCCGGGGCAACAAAGAAAGAAGCAGUGAAAAACAAUUCAGGAGUCCAGCCAGCAGGUCAAUGUGGGACCUGGGUGAAGGAACCAGAAGGGGGGUUGUUCACCUCUCCAAAUUACCCCAACAAAUACCCCCCAGAGCGAGAGUGCAUUUACAUUAUUGAAGCUGCCCCUAAACAGUGCAUUGAUCUCUACUUUGAUGAGAAGUACUCAAUUGAGCCUUCAUGGGAAUGCAAAUUUGAUCACAUUGAAGUUCGGGACGGGCCGUUCGGCUUCUCUCCAAUCAUCGGACGGUACUGUGGUCAGCAGAGUCCGCCCUAUAUCAGAUCUAGUGGCCGCUAUCUUUGGAUAAAAUUUGUUGCUGAUGGUGAAUUGGAGGCUACUGGAUUUUCUGCAACAUACAACUUCACUCCAGAUCCUGACUUUAAAGAUCUGGGAGUCCCGAACCCUCUGCCCUUCUGCGAGUUCGAGAUGGGGGGACCUGAAGGCAUUGUCGAGUCACUGCAGAUCGCGAGGGAUGGCAAGGCCUUGCAAACCGAGGCCGUGGACUGCAGGUGGUACAUCAGGGCCCCACCGCGGUCGAAGAUCUACUUGCGGUUUCUCGACUACGAGAUGCAGAACUCGAACGAGUGCAAGCGCAACUUCGUGGCGGUGUACGACGGCAGCGGCUCCGUAGAGGACCUGAAGAGCAAGUUCUGCAGCACAGUGGCCAACGACAUGAUGUUGGCGUCAGCGCUGGGCGUGAUCCGCAUGUGGGCCGACGAGGGGAGCCGCAAGACCCGAUUCCGCAUCCUUUUUACCACUUUUCAGGAGCCCCCGUGUGAAGCAGACACUUUUUUCUGCCACAGUAAUAUGUGCAUCAACAACUCUCUGGUGUGCAAUGGGGUGCAGAACUGUGUCUACCCCUGGGAUGAGAAUCACUGCAAAGAGAAGAGGAAAGCUAACAUUCUGGACAACCUCAACAACACGAACGGGACGAUAAUCGGAGUCACCUGUUGUAUCGUGAUUAUCCUACUUAUCGUCUCUGUCAUAGUUCAAAUAAAACAGCCUCGCAAAAAGUACAUAAUCAGGAGAGAGGACUUCGACCCGACUAUGUUUCAGGAGGUUUUUGAGCCCCCGCACUAUGAACUGUGCACGUUGCGCAGCGCCGCAGCCUCCGCCGAGCUGGUGGACCUGGCUGACGACUUGGAGACCUACCAUAAACUCAGGCGCUCCUCCUCCCGAUGCAUUCACGACCAUCACUGUGGAUCCCAGCUGUCCAGCGUCAAGGGCAGCCGCAGUAACCUCAGCACGCGGGAAGCCACCAUCCUGACGGAGAUCCAGCCGCAGCCGGUCAGACCCCUGAUCCCGCCCACCAAUCGCAGGAGCAUCCUGGUGAUGAAGCACAGCUACUCGCAAGACGCCACCGACGGCUGCGACCUGGACGACGACAUGGAAGAGGUGCCCACCACAAGCCACAGGCUAUCCCGACACGAUAAAGGAGUACAGCGGUUCUGCCUCAUUGGGUCACUAAGCAAACACGAAUCCGAGUACAACACAACUAGGGUCUAAGAGACAGUCUCAAGACGUCUUGAAUAUAGUGCAAUCCUGGAUGAGUACGAACAAGCUUCACUGCAUUGUGAACACAUGGACCGGAGACAUACACCAGCAUGAUGAUUCGUGGACACUUUAUAGCGAAACACUUUAAAUGUAAUACAUGUUAAUCUAAUAGUGAGACUGACUGGGGGGAUUGGCAAUGGGUACCAUCCGUGAAACUUGAAAUCAGAUGGGCUAAUUCAUUGCCUUUAUUAUUGCUCACCUUUUCUGUUGUUGUGAAUUUACUGGAAAGAUAUUGAAACAGCCAAUUUAGUUCUAAUAAAAGAAAAAACUAUUUGAGUAAUUUUAGGAAUUCUCUUGCUUAAAGGAUUCUUCAGUUUAAAGAAAAAAAAAAUAAAACCUUUGUUCUGGAUGAUUUUUUACGAAAGGCAUGGCAAUUCCCCUUUAUGUUUUACGAUGCAAUUCCUUUGUUAAAGGCUUAAAAUCUGUACCUUUCUAAGAAAUAUGUAAAUUAUUUCUUGUAUUAACUAUUUCUAACUACAUUUUUCUACAGAAAUUUCACAGUUGUAGAAAAUAACGUGUGCAUGUCUUUAUAAUUCUUUAAAACUAAGAAUGUUAAUAUGUUUAUCAGUACUUAUUCACAUUCAUUCACUUUCUGACUGAUUGGGUUCUUCAAAAUAGGUUAACAUAAUUUGAUCAUAUUAAUCCUGAAAUAAGAAAAUGCAUGCUAAAAGAUUAACAUAUAUAUUCCAAACUGGUUAUAAAUAACACAUAGAUUUAUUGUUUAAUUUAAUUAUAUUUUCAGUUCUUUUCAGUGCAGAUAUCUUCACAUGUAACUUGUGUAUCCUGGCAGCAUGUGACCUAUCUAAGCAAUUAAAAAAAAACUUUUCUAAUGCAAAUAUUAUGAAGCAGAUCAGCUCUUAACCAGGAGGGUGCCUUUCAGAGCAGAUUUUCCCAAUAAAUCCUUUCUUAAAAUAAAUCUAAUUGAUUUUCUGUGAACAUUUUCAUAAAGUUUUGUUGCUUAUUUGCUCUGCCUUGUCUGCACUAUUCAUUUGUAUGCCAAGACAAGCAGUGAUAUCACCAGCACGCUCCAAGAUGUGGCUUUUGAGCAGAACUCCAGAUGGCAACGCGGUUGAGGAGCUAAAUUGCCAUUUUGCAACUGGAAUAGUUAUAAAGAGCAUUAUAGUCACAAUGCUUGUUGCAUAAUAGGAAAGUGAACAGGGUGUGAAUCUGUAAUCAUCCAACAAAUUACAAGAUGUUUUCAAGAGUGUGAUGUAAAGAAGACCUAAGUUUAGCUCAGAAAGUGGUUAAGCAAUUAUAGGUAUUAAGAAAGUUAACAAUAUAAUAUGUAAGGAUGCAUAAGCAACAUUAUAUACACAUAUAUAUUUUAGAUUAGGAGUGCUUUAUUGUCAUUGUAUAAAAAUUGAAUUGUGUAAGACUUGGGGCAUACAUCACGAAGUAGGGUUUGUUGAUUAGCCAGAUUAUCUGUCACAUUUAAGGUAGUCCUGGCUAAAUGUAAGUGAAUGACAAUAAAGUAUAUUUAAACUGGGGUAACUGUACUUUAAAUACGACAAGUUAUUUAGCUAACCAACAAAUCUCGCUCUGUGACAUAGGUCCCAGAUGCUAAGAUUAAGGUCAGAUGACAUGACACAAUCGGUUGAUUUGUAAACAAAACUGAGACGGUAUAUUCAAUCAAGGAAUCCGCCUUCCAACUGCAAAUCCUGGACAGGGGCACAGGAGACUAUCUCUGGGGUGGGGGGACAUGAGGCUGGUGUAUACCCUAGAUGGGAUGCCAGUCCAUCACAGGGGACACACACUCCAUGGGCAAUUUAGAGAUACCAAUUAGCUUGACCAUAUUUCUUUGCACUGUAGGAGGAAACAAGUGAUAAGCCACAGAACACCACAUACAGUAGGAGGCAGUCAUACUGUCUGCCAAGCCACUGUGCCUCGCAGAUUAAGGAACCAUGAACGCUAAAAUAUUCAAGCACAAAAUGAUAGUAGCCUGAUGUAGUGGCCUGCUUACUGCUGCCUGUAUUUAUUAAUAAACUGCAUGAGUAUUGCCAAUCUGACCAACAUCAAAAACUGAAGAUGCAAAAGAAAAUUCUCUUAACACUAUCUUCCAGUUUUUCAAAUUAAGGGUGAUCUCAUCGCCAGCUGAAAAUGAAUCUGUACUUUGAUAUUCCUUCCUGAUGAAUUCCAGUGUGCUCAUUAGAAAUUAUGCUUUUCAGUUCCAGAAGCUUUUACAUCAUGAAACUCGAAAAAAAUUGAGUUAUUUGUGGCCCAUAACUGAUGCCAGAUAAACAGAAAAAUAUGUAUAUGUCUAAAAACAUUAAUAUUUUUGAAUGCUCAGGCAAUUUCUUUAGGGAGACUGUCAAAUUUGCUUUUGUGUGGAUAGGUGCUAUGACUGACAUUUGCUGCAUAAUAUAACAAAUAAUAGUAUGUAAUAAGCUGCUAAAUAAACUGACAUAUACUGGCUAAUAGUGACUCAAACAUUUCUAACUAUAACAAAAUUAUGAAUUAAUAAAUCCAUAUUUAUGGAAUUUAAGUGUAACGUCUUUGUCUGUCCCAUAUUAUUAUUAUUACAUUUUGGCAAAAAGCCCCGUUUUUAUUGAUUCUUGAAUGUGAGUCUGUCGUUUUGAUCAUUUUAGUUUGCAAUUCAGUUGACAUUAAAUGCUGAUGUGUUUCUUAUUCUUUUGGUUUGAUUCAUAUAUAUACAAUCCCUUUGUUCUUUUUUUCCAACUUUUUCUCUGUGUACAGUUGACCAUUAAUUUGCAAGUGCUAUGUUAAGAUUGUAAUUAAUGUCUUGACUUGAAAAAAGUUUAUGUUAAAUAUUUAUCUCUCGUCUGUUUCAUUCCAACCAUGCUUUCAAGUAAGUAACAAUUAUGAUACAUUGUAACAAAAUAAUAUGUAUGAAAAUUAAGAUGCAAGGUGGUUUAUGCAAUACAUCACGUCAUUACACAUUUCACAGGAAGAUAACGAUGGUCCCUUAUAUACCCUUAUAACUAGUUACUAACAAUUUAUACAUACAGCAUUUUAUAUAUGUAUGUGUGAUGAGCAAAAGCACAAAAUAACAUGGUGUAUAAAAAUAUAAAAAUGCUAUAUUAAAAUGCAAUGUUUGUUGUAAUAUCCAUAAUAACAAAUAUAGCGUCAGUGAUUAGUUGUGACAAGACCCCACGCUCUUUAUGAGAAUCACGAGGACUGUGUUUUAUAACACCUUAUAUAAACCUACUGAAACGGGUCUAUUUUCUACAGUGAUGUGUGGAUAUCUGUGUGCUUGAUCACGUUGUUUAGAAGAAUGGAAUGUGCGUAUUUUUACUCAUCUUGAAAUUGUUGAUAAAAAAACAUAUACAUUAGAUUUUUAUUAACGUAAGUAUAAACACCACUGUAGUUCCCAUGUGAAGGAGGCGUCUUCAGAAAAAUAGGUGAUUACUGAAACUAACAGUAUUUUCAUUUUCCUACAGGCAGAUACAUCCACGCUCUACAUCUUGCCAAGUUUGACAACUUACGGAACUAACUCUUAAACCCUGCAUCUACCAUGAAAGAACUGUUGCUUUAUGUGACUUUACCAAUUAACUGUUAUCAAGGGGAAAAAAAUAUACUUUUUCUUAAUUUGUGAAUGCGUUGAGUCUUUUCUUUGUUCAAAGAUGUAAAGCAUUUGCUUGUGUUUUUUGAAAACUGUAUGGCCACUGAAUUUGAGAAGGAUUUUUCAAAGAUUUUUGAAACAAUUUCUUUCAAUAAUCAGUAACUUACGUGCACAUUAAAUGGGAUCUGAACAUGUCAAACCGAAUGAUUUUUAAACUUUUAAACUAUUCAUUUGGAAGUUAAAAUUGAAUAUUCUGGUGAAAUUCUGUUUGGAAUCCCUUAAACCCAGUUAAGAGUGAUUGAGUGUUCCAUAUCUUACGUAAGCAAAUCACAGAUUGUGUUUCCUGCUAAAGAUGACUGCCCUUACGGGAUUAGCAACAAAUAACCACUGUAUGUACUGUAUGUUGUGUAGGUUCUUAGAUUAGGAGAGGCUCAAAUGAGGACAGUGGAAACACUGCAGUAGAAUUCGCUGGCAACUUAUAACUUGGGGACGAAAAGUUUAAAUUUAGUGAAUUCUGCUUUCCAUUAAUUCUUUAUUGGAUAUCAAACCUGGGAUUAUUUCAGGUGGAAUAUUGUUAGAAAAAUGAACAGUUGCCACAGCAUUUUACUAAAUAAAGUCUUGAUAGUUAAUAGGGCUCAACUACACAUUUGAAAAUUAUGGUCUGCAAAAUUUUUUGUCGUUUAGAAAACACAAACUAUAUUUAGUGUACCAGUAAACGAUUGAAAUGAUAAAUUUAUUAUGUUAGGGCAUUUCCCAGACGCAAGA